AUGGUUCUAAAACCUCCAUGGCUCAGCUUCUUUUCUCUUCCUCCUAAUUCUACUGUUCUUUCUUUACAGGAUGCUCAUAACUGUAUCCCGAAGCUGGACUGUGAGACGGCCAUGUUCUCUGUGUAUGACGGCCAUGGAGGUAAGGAUUGUUAGUGAUACCCUGGGAGUGUUUGCUGUUAGCCUGCCGACUGCUGAUAAUCUUCACAUUCUGUAUUGUCACAGUCAGCGUGAUGGUGCAGAAUUCUGUAAUAUUUUUUUAUUAAAGGACCACUACAGGCACCCAGACCACUUCAGCUUAAUGAAGUGGUCUGGGUGCCUGGUCCAGCUAGGUUUAACCCUUUUUUCUAUAAACAUAGCAGUGUCAGAGAAACUGCUAUGUUUAUAAAUGGGUUAAUCCAGCCUCUAGUGAGCUUCCGCUCUUCUCACUGUGAUUUUUCACAGUGAGAAGACGCCAGCGUCCAUAGGAAUGCAUUGUGAAUGCUUUCCUAUGGGCUGGCUGCGCGCGCGGCUCCUGCUGCGCAUUCAGCCGAAGAGGAGGAGGAGAGCUGGAGAAAGAGGUAAGUUUAAUCCCUUCCUCACCCUAGAGCCCAGCGGGAGGGGGACCCUGAGGGUGGGGGCACCCUCAGGGCAUUAUAGUUCCAGGAAAACGAGUAUAUUUUCCUGGCACUAUAGUUGUCCUUUAAUGAGAAACAUAUGAUUGCCGUACAUCCUUCUGCAUCAGAAGGACUGGUUUGGGCCAGAGAUCAUAAUCAUUGAUGUUUUCCUCGAGGGAGCAGGGACUGUCCAAUUCCUCAAAUACAAGUAAGUUUUUAAUUCACUUUUUCAUAUAAGAGAGGUACAAUAAUGUAAAAAAAUAAGAGAGAUCAUUUUGAAAAUAUAUCUAUUUUUUUUCUGAGAUAUGGAGGCAGUACGUAUGGAUUGUGCUUCCUAAUUGGUACAUCCAUCUGCAAGAGAGGUAAUUAAGAAAAGUCCCUCCCCUUUACCCUGGGGUUUAUAAAUAUGACCACGGUGCUGCAAUUUCUUUCAUUCCUAUCUUUGAAUUCUUGUAGAGAAUCAGUGUAUCGGCUGCUCUGCCUGAGAUGUUCCACAGAGACCAAAGAGAAGCGCCCGAUUACUUCUGUCUGGCGAAUGUUUAUCUACCCCUUCUUAAGACAUGUCCGGUCAUCAUACUGUGUGGAGUUGGUUUCCACCUGAUGUACUGAGAAGGAAAUCUGCUGAACUUUAAUGAGGGUUAUCUGUUCCUCAAACCCAAUAUCUUUCUCAUAUGCAGAAAUGGGAACACUCUGUGUAAUGAGCCUUAAUGUAUACCAUCAAAUUGGUAAAUGUUACACCCCUAGGUACACUGGGAAUCUACAAAACUCUGCAGAAGUAGCUGCUUUAAUAACUCUGUUGUCAAAAAGGCUGAGACCUCUUGUAGGUGAUCUUUCCAGACUGCUGGGUUUUGGUAUGGGUAUUGGCUGGCAGGUGCAGCAGUGUCCAAAAUGUAUAACUUUGUUUAUAAUCGUUAAUGGAAGUUAUUUAAAGGAUCACUAUAGUGUCAGGAAAACAAACCUGUUUUCCUGACCCUAUACAACCCUUAGGUCCCCCCCUCCCUUGGCGCUGAAGGGGUUAGAACCCCCUUCAGCUACUUACUUUUAGGAAUCCAGCCACUAGAGGCUGGAUUAACCCUGCUAUGUAAACAUCGCAGUUUCUCUAAAAGGGUUAUAACCUGGAGGAACUGGCACCCAGACCACUUCAUUGAGUCUGUUUCCGGUUUUAUUGUGAUUGUCACAUUCUUUAUAUGGAUUUGAAUAAUAAAAUUUGCCAAUGACGGCCAAGAUCAUGGGUUGAUCUGCGGUUUCCCUUAUAUCUUGGUGGCUUAAGCUUGGACGGUAGUUCAGCGCGUCUUUUUCGAUCCCCUGUUUACUCCCAUUAGGAAAAAGGUUAUAAAAAAGAUACCCCAUGUUGGGGGGUGGAGAAAGGUCUGACAUGGGUAGGCAUUUUGGAUGCCAAGAAACUUGGAGGCGUAAUCCUGCAUUUCUAUACGAAGUGUGGAUAGCUCAGUGGGUUUAGACCUUGUUCAACCCUUUGGGUUCACAGGUUAAUUUCCCCUGUAGGGUUAACUCAGUACUUCAUCCAUUUUAAGGUAGAUGACUGGAGUACCAUUCAAUGGAGUCACUUAACAUUCCCAGGUUGCAUUUGGGAACCAGUAUAUAUCUGAAUGUCUCUUGCCUGUCUUUUAAAGGACCACUCUAGGCACCCAGACCACUUCAGCUUAAUGAAGUGGUCUGGGUGCCAGGUCCCUUUAGGAUUAACCCCUUUUUUUUUUUUAUUAUAAAUGGGUUAAUCCAGCCUCCAAAUCCUCUAGUGGCUGUCUCAUUGACAGCCGUUAGAGGCACUUGCGUGAUUCUCACUGUGAAAAUCAGUGAGAAGACGCAAGCGUCCAUAGGAAAGCAUUAUGAAUGCUUUCCUAUGAGACUGGCUGCGCGCGCAGCUCUUGCCGCGCGUGAGCAUUCAGCUGAAAGGGAGGAGAGCUCCCCGUCCGGCGCUGGAAAAAAGUUGUUUUUAACCCCUUCCUCUUCCCAGAGCCGGGCGGGAGGUGGUCCAUGAGGGUGGGGGCACCCUCAGGGCACUAUAGUGGUCUUUUUAAGUAGCACCUUCUUGCAUUCACUCAAAUCUGCCCAAUCCAUAAUCUUCCAAACAUCUGAUUUCUCUAUUUACCGAAACCGUGUUCCUGUUGGAUUUAAGGGAUUUGAGAUAUGGUUCUGUGAACCACGAAGUUCGUUGGGUUCCUCAGGAAUCUCCUGGUUAUCAAUCUCUGAUCAUUCCUUUAAACCGGUUAUGGAUUUAAAUUAAUUGGUUCCUCUCCUGAGGUUCAGAAUUCCCUCAUAUCUCUAUUGCGGCCCCUCAAGAAGUUUUCUGAAAAUACGCCAUAAUAAGUGGAUUGAAGAGAUUUCAUAGCUCUUCAAACACUCCCAUAACAGCAUAUUUUAGGGAACAGGGCAUUCCCUACUUGGGAGUUUGGCUACUUAUUGCUAAUCGGGACUGUUUAAGUAUGUUCAGGUAGCUAGCAGAGCGCUAGAACAACACGGUUGGAUACUGAGACUAUAAUGUAUUUUCUUCUUCUCCAGGAGACAGGUUGUUUGUGUUAACCUUAAAACGUUACCUCUGCAUCUACUGCACUCGUAAAGGAAACGUCCUUUUACUAAUAACAUGAAAAUUCCUCCAUAAGAACAGGAAAUGAGAUUGCUGGGAUGUCUGACAUCUUCACUUCCUGCGGUCAACUGUGCAAAAUCUGGGUUUGUCCGCUACAGUGGAAAAUGAUCUCCUCUGGGUCAAAGUGUAGAAAUCUUGGAUUUCUGUCUCCUAGAAACUCUUCGAAAAAAAGCAGAAGAUAGGCUAAACUGGUGGACAACGUCAUUUUUUAUUUAUUUUUUUUCUGACAAGUCUGUCCUUUCAGCCCAUAGAAGGAGUAAUUUUCACCACAUGAUGCAUUUAACACAGGGUGGGUCACUCGUCUAAAUUCUCUAAUUUGCCAUUGUUCUUGGUCCUAAGAAAAAUAGUCCACUAAUUUCAGAGCUCUUAAGGCAGUUCUUCAUUCCCCUCACCGAUUCAGAUCUUGGUUGUUUAAGGGACCUAUUACAAUGCGGUCAGACAUCGACACUGUUUCCCUCAUGUCAACAGACAGGGUGGUGCCAGAGGCAGGGUCUGUUUCAGCUAUGUACCAAAACAGUGUACUGGACUCACAAUCUCUGGGAGGUCCUCUCUCCAUUCCACUCAUGGUAUGUCGACAAUGUCAUCACCUACAACCUCAGCAAAAGAAAUGGGGAUCAAGAGUAAUGUUCUAUAGAUCCAAUCAGGUUCACAGUCUACGGAGAGAUUUGGAGUGCCCGGUUAGACAUGACAAAGAGGGAGAACAUGAAGAUUCUCGCGUUUGCCUCUCUAUACAGGACAGAUAGUUCACGUUGAAUAGUUGGUCUAUCUAUGUAAGGGAAUUUCACCGGGCUUACAUUUUUUCUCCUAUAGACUUCUUCCAUGAGGUGAACGGACAGAGCAGUGGUUCUGCCAAUCUUUCCGUACUUACCAAACACAAGCCAGUUUUCCGAUCUCGAAAACACUUUUGGAAGAUAGGAUAUCCUGCUGGAAGUGUUGAGUAGGUUCUUAUUGACUGUAGGGCAACUGUCAGUCCACUCGUUGCAUAUAAUCUUAUAGUCGUUCUGCCUCUAACUUUUACAUGAAGAUUUGGGUAGAGUUUCUACAUUGUUAGGAACAUCAUUGUCUUUAGUUUAUUUGUCCGGGUGGUUCAAACUUACGCUUCCUGCAGGAGAUUUCCACAGGUUGGGCCCAAAUUGUAUUACCUAAGAUUCUUUCUGAGAAGGGAUUGGUCUUUGUAUUUAUUAGUCAGAAGUUUCUUUAAAGCAAUAGGCUUCUUAGGCCACCCAGGAAGUUCUGUUUCCCUCCUGGGAUCUUUCUACAGUCUUUCAGGUCCCCUUUUACUUUGGAGGUGGUUCCUUUCAAUAUGCUAAAGCUUAGCCAGCAUUCUUAGUGGCAAUUCCUCUACCAAGAGUGUAAGCGAGCUUCAGGAUAUAUCCUCUUCAGUGGAAUUUUGUUUUUAUAUUCCAUCAGGGUGAAAGUUGUAUCUUUUAGAGCCGCUAAACGUCUCCACCUUCUAUAAUUAUGCCACCUCCCUGCUUGAAUAUACUAGAUAGCAUAUUCAAAGGGCAUUUCAGAUGUACCUAUCAAUAUAAGCCGAAUUCAGAAGAUCAGAUCACCUGUUACUUCUAAAAAAAGUUUUAAGGGGAAUGAAGCCUCUCGUAAUUCUACGUCUCGCUAUUUCGUCUAUAAUAAUAGCCUAUGCUUCAGUAGUUUUAAUUCACAGCGCAUUCCACAAAGGCAACGGCCACUUCGUGGGCAGAGAAAAGCUCUUGCUUCACCUGAAGAAAUCAGGAUGGCUGCUUCUUGGUCUUCUAGCACCUUAAAAAAAGUCAGUCAUUUUCAGGCUAGAUGUACUCUCUGCCUCUAAAAUUGCGUUAGGGCAUAGGUACUUUAAGCAGUUUAGGCAUAAGGUCCACCCGAUUGGGAAUCUUGCUAUAUCACAUACGUACUGCCACCAUAUGUCAGAAAAAAACAGACAUUUUUACUUACCGUAAAAUCUUUUUCUCAAUAUGGUGGCAGUACAUAUCUCCCUCCCUCUAAAUUACAAUUUUGCUUCUAGUGUGUGGCUUAGGUGUGUAUUCUUGCUACGACUGAGGUGGGUUUGCCGGGGGAAGCCCUUUAUAGGGUAAAGGGGAGGGACUUAUCUUAAGCACCUAUCUUGCUUAUGCUUGUCCCAAUUAGGAAGCACAACCCAUACGUACUGCCACAAUAUUAAGAAAAAAAGAAUUUACGGUAAGUUAAAAUAUCUGUUUUUAUUUAAAGGACCACUAUAGUGCCAGGAAAACAUACUUGUUUUCCGGGCACUAUAGAGCCCUGAGGGUGCCCCCGACCCUCAGGGUCCCUCUCCCGUCGGGCUCUGGAGAGAGGCAGGAGCCGCGCACGCAUUCAGCCAGUCCAUAGGAAAGCAUUCACAAUGUUUUCCUAUGGACGCUGGCGUCUUCUCACUGAUUUUUUUUUUUUUUUUUCACAGUGAGAAACGCGGAAGCCCUCUAGCGGCUGUGAAUGAGACAGCCACUAGAGGCUGGAUUAACCCUAACAUAAACAUAGUAGUUUUGGUUAACAUAAACAUAGCAGUUUCUCUGAAACUGCCAUGUUUAUAGAAAAAAGGGUUAACCCUAGAUGGACCUGGCAUCCAGACCACCUCAUUAAGCUGAAGUGGUCUGGGUGCCUAGAGUGGUCCUUUAAAGUUGGUACUUUUUGUUAGGGGGUUAGUAUAUCUCCUGCCUUGCCACCUGGCUUAGAGCCAAUGAUAUCUCUGCAGCUCAGUCAGAGUAGUUCAUUAUAAUGUUCUAUUAUCUGGCUUUAUGGCCUUCAUUAUUUUUAUAACGUUUUCCUGUCCAGUCCACGGCACUGGCCUUACCUUUCAAAGCGUGUGAACUUUGCUACUGUGUCAAUCACUUGAAGUGUUUCAUUAACCCCUUAAGGACACAUGAUGUGUGACAUGUCAUGAUUUCCUUUUAUUCCAGAGGUUUGGUCCUUAAGGGGUUAAAGGGACACUAUGGUGAUCAGAACUACAGCUUAUUGUAUUUGUUCUGGUGAGUAUAAUCAUUCCCUUCUUGCUGAAAAACUGUCUUUUCAGAGUAAAUGUAGUGUUUACAUUAUAGCCUUGGGAUACCUCCACUGACCACUCCUCAGAUGGCAACUAGAGGUGCUUCCUGGGGCAGUGCUGUACAGUGUGACUUGCAUUCGGUGUCUCCAACUUCUGCAUGGAGACCCUGAACAUUCCUUAUAGAGAUUUAUUGAUUCCAUGUAUCUCUGAGGAGAUGCUGAUUGGCCAGGGCUGUGUUUGGCUUAUGCUGACUCUGCCCUUGAUAGCCUCAGCCAAUCCUUUGGUGAAGCAUUGUGAUUGGAUCAGACCACCACUUCUGAUGUUGCCAAAAGCAGCUGCAUACUUGAAUACAAGUAAGAUUUUUCUAUAUUUAGUGAACCAAGGGGGAGGCCGGGGAUCUAGAUGGUGGUAUUAACACUAUAGGGUCAGGAAAAGAUGUUUGUGUUCCUGACCCUACAGUGUAUCGAGAUUUUAAUGGCUUUAUGUGGCAUAGUGCAGGGUAUGCCACCCACUCUUGGUGUUGUGCCCGUCCCAGUUAUUGAAUAUCUAAUCUAACCUUUGCAGGGGAAGAGGUGGCUUUGUAUUGUGCCAAAUACCUCCCAGAAAUCAUCAAAGAGCAGAAAGCCUACAAGGAAGGAAAACUCCAAAAGGUAAGAAUUUUCAUUCAUUUCACAUGGAUUUCCAUAUGUUAGUCGGAGUAGCAUGCUGGUGAUUUAAGGGACGAUAUCAGAAAUUUGUACAAAAAAAUUCUAAAUGGUCAUUUCAAUAUGUGAUUCUCUUGGAGGACAAUGUCCUUUCCCUCCAAUCAGAUGUUCCACUGGACCACAGCCCAGACUGCAUUGUGAUCAGCUUUGGGCUCAUUGCCUUUCUGUUGAACUGUUAAAAUGUCCCAUAACAGAUGUAAUAAGGGCCCAUUGACUCAAUCUGUCAAAAUUCUAAGUUUAAAAAAUGCAUUGGGCUGGUCUGUCAUUUGCUCCCUUAACUUCACAAAUUUUUAAAGGGGGCUAUUUGAACAUUUGUUUCUGCAGAAGAGUAUGUGACAUUUAAAGCAUUUGUCACUUUUUGGGGUCUUUGUAUAUUUUGCAAAAACCACAAAGGGUGACCUCACCACCGCUUGUGAUCCAGCGGUGUGACCAUGGUGAGUUGUACUUACCUGAUAGUGUUUUCAGUGCAUGCUGCCGUCACCAGAGUACAGCACUAACUGAAACCGUGACGUCUGUGGAGGAUGUUUUCUAGAUUACAUCACGUGAUGAACCAGACAGGGCCGUAUUCCCACAAUGAAUGUGGACAAUGACAAAGCUCAAUGGUGGUCACUCACACACUUUUUUCACUGUUUUUAUUUACUUUUAGUUCUGAUUUUAUCAUAAAAUAAAGUGAAAUUUCACCAAAGUCAUUGAGCAGUUCGUAAAUGUUUUAUCUUUUAUGAAAAGCUCCAAAUAGCCUCAGAUUGGGUUAAUUGAAGACCGUUUGGUAGGCCCUCCUUUGUUUUGUCAAAUCUGAGUGAUUUCCUUCGUACUCUGUGAUGGCAGGCAGUGUAUCCGUGUGUGUGGAACCAGCGGGCUUAUGGUAUGAUUUAAACAGACUUAUUUAGAAUUGUGAAUUGAAAGCAUAAUUCAGAUGUGCUGCACUGUUAUACUGAUGAUUUAAUUUGAUUCACCGUUGCCAGUCUCAUGCAACAAGAUGGUGUUUGUGUCAGUUGGAAUAGUCCUUUGUGGGGGCAAUCACAUGCAUCACGGCUGGAAAAAAGCAGGAAUGAGCUGACAGACGGGCAUAUUGCUCUUAAAGCUUGACUGUGAUUUAGCGUGACGUAUUGGGUGUUUUGUCCACAGGCCUUGGAGGAUGCUUUUCUUGCCAUAGAUGACAAACUUAUCCAAGAAGAUGUAAUUAAAGAGCUGUCUCAGAUGGCAGGCCGUCCCAUAAACGACCAUGAGGGUGAGAAGGAUAAAGUUGCAGAUGAGGAUGAUGGUAAGUGCCCAGUUUAGAUUUUGAGGCUCAAUGACUGGAUAUGCUGCAAGAAUUUGUUUAGCUCCACCGUUUGUUGUAGAUUAAGUUUUUUUUUUUUUUCACUAAUAUGAGCAUAUAGCCAUUUUGUAAUUCUCUUUGUAUCUUUUCACAGUGGACAAUGAGGAAGCUGCCCUUUUACAUGAAGAAGCCACAAUGACCAUUGAAGAACUACUAACUCGCUACGGGCAGAAUUGUGGCAAGGGCCCACGUAAUAAGAUAAGCCCACCAUCUGCUGAUAAAGACCCAGAAGAUAAGCCAAAAGAGGCUGUCAUGAAUGGCGAUCUGGGGUUAGAGCUUUCUGGGGAUCCUCAGGAAACAAAUGGAAAGAAGGAAGCAGAGGCAGCAACCUCUCCUGGGAUCUCCUCCUACUCUGCAGAUUGUGGUGGGAGCCGCGAUAGUACUCAGCGAAGCUCUUCUCGUGCAAAGGUUGAGUCUUUAGAUGAAGCUGUUUCAUCUUCCACCGGGGAGGCCGGGCCUUCCUGCUCCUCCAAGUGCAAGCGACCGAGUGCAGCCAAGUCUCAGAUCUUUGAAGAGAGCGAAUCUGAAGCAGAGGAAGAAGAGGAUAGUGAGGUGGGUGUAGAUCUUGAUUUAUUUAUAUAAGACUUAGUAGGAGCUACUUUCUCUUAUUGUAAUGCUUCAAUAGACAAAACUUGGUGAUAGUUGGAGCUACUACCCUCGAGUUCUGUCAAUUUCCCCAGUUACUGCUAGUGGCACCUUUGGGAAUAAGGCAUUAUCGUGCUCAUUACAAAACGGCUAUGGAGUGUCUCAGAGGAUAGAUACUCUAUAGAUUCUCAGCACUGACCUGAGCAAAAAAUGAGUGUAUAGCAUCCUGCCAUUUUAUAUCCACGCUAUAAGGGUCUUCGUGUUAUAACUAGAGAUCUCGGCAUCUGCUUUGCCCACAUUCCACUCAUUGUUCAGCAAUUUUGUCAAUCUGUGGUUGACACUCAGUGCUGAUUUCUUACAAAUAUUUCUCUGCAUUAUUGCAAUAGACCUAUAUUCAAAAAAUGAUUGAAGGCUGGGUGAAACAAUUGAAGUGCACUGUGCAGGUUAGUGCUUUGUAUUCUCAUUUUAAAGGGGGGAAUUGAAUUGGUAAGCUGACGAUUGUAUGGGUCCACUGAUGUGUCCCCAGGAAUGCAGUGAUGAGGAGGAGGAAGAGGAUUAUAGCAGUGACGAAGCUGAAAAUGAAGACGAGGACAGUGAAGAUCUAGAAGAUGAGGAGGAGGAAGAGAUGAUGCUCCCUGGCAUGGAAGGGAAGGAAGAGGUAAGUCUUAAGUAGAUUUCUGGGUAGCCUAAGGAAUAUCUGUGCCCUCUAUAUUUCUACUGACCAAAUACAUAGGACCCGCUUUCCUGUCUCUGCACAGUGGUGUCUUUCUCUGCGGAAGCUGGGGCCUGUUUCCUGUUAGCGUGCUCCAUGUUGGUUUUGUCAUAAUGAAUGGGGAUUGGUAAACGGGGGGUCAUUGGUGACCUACUUUGAAAGUUGAUUAUACUAUUAUGUGGUCUCCCCUCAGCCUGGAUCUGACAGUGGAACCACAGCCGUGGUAGCUCUCAUUCGAGGAACCCAGCUAAUUGUGGCCAAUGCUGGUGACUCUCGCUGUGUUGUAUCAGAGAAUGGAAAGGCCGUGGAUAUGUCCUAUGAUCACAAACCAGAAGAUGAAUUGGAACUGGCUCGGAUCAAGAAUGCUGGGGGCAAAGUGACCAUGGAUGGACGGGUGAAUGGUGGUCUGAAUCUGUCUCGUGCAAUCGGUGAGAUGGCACAUGUGAUUAAUUUACAGUUUUACGUCAUCUGUCCCUUGAAAAAUUGCUCUAUACACCUGUAUAAUAGAUAUAUGGUUUAGGGUGUGGUGGGCUUAGAUGCUUGCAUUCCAUGUAGUCAUUAGCUCUUUGGUGAGAGGCUGCAUAAGGAGGGGAACUUGUAUUUUUAAAACUGAAGAAAAGUGGUUGCCACAUGUGAGCCCUGUCAGGAGAUCCUCCAUGCUGACCGUCUCCGAGCAGCAUAGAUGGGCUUUGAGCAUUAGAGACCGUCUCUCAGCACUAUCUCCAGUGCACUUAACUCUGUAAACACUGCCUUUUGUGAGUAGCUACAUUUGCAAUCUACCUCUAGGUUCCCUCAGCCAAGCAAUGCUUCUCUAUGCUACCAGUUAAGGAUGCAGAAGUGGCUGCAGUGACUUUGGCGUGGCAUCUGAUAAAAUAUAAGUGCUUCUUUUUGCUCCCCUUACAUAAUGGAGUGAUAUCAGCAGUAGAGUAUCAGAGGUUAUGGUGCUUGAAGAGUUUAAGACUUUUCAGGAAGUGACCGUAGUGAUGUAUGGUGCUGCCUUGUCUGCAGGUGAUCACUUCUACAAGAGGAACAAGAAUCUCCCGCCUGAGGAGCAGAUGAUCUCUGCACUGCCCGAUAUCAAAGUCCUGACUCUGAAUGAGGAACACGACUUCAUGGUGAUCGCUUGUGAUGGCAUUUGGUGAGUCUGACGCCCUUAAUGCAUCAGAUACGCCGACCAGAACCCGUUCAGUUUUAACUCCUUUCUAAUAGUUUUAUUAGACCCACUUAUUGGGCCAUUAUGUAGUCCUGAAGGUAUGGAUUAUAUGGUCACUAUUUCCAGUCGAUCCUUGCGGGAGUCUUUUAACCCCUUGUCCCACACAGUGUUAAUUAUGCCAACUAAAACAAUUUAUAUGAUUAAAAUACAACUAAGACAGCUUUUUAGUCAAAAGACUGAUUUAAACUUAAUUGAAUUUGCCACCAAAUUAAACGCUUGUCCCACAUGCGAUUCUGGAAUCGGCGUAGCCUGAAAUCUUGUCACUGUUCUCUUAUCUCAUAUUUGUUUUGUUCCAGGAAUGUGAUGAGCAGCCAGGAGGUUGUGGAUUUUGUUCACGAUAGAAUUAUUCUGCAGGAAAAGUCCGCUAAACCUGUCUUAUUGUCUGGUAUAGUGGAGGAGGUAAGUUCUACCUGGAUUCUGAAAAUCUAUAUAUACUUCCGUUGGGUUUUAAAAUGUGAAGUUCUAUGCCACUAGCCAGACCUGAAAUGUUAUUUGUCACUGCCAGCUAUAGGAAGGACUUUCUACUUGCUAUGGCUUAAGAUUUACUCCCAAAUGGCUAGUAGAAAUGUAAGCCCUGCUGGUGUCAUUGACGCCUAAACAUCUUUAGUUUUGUGUAGGGUGAGGUAACUCUGUACUCCUCAAGGUGUGUCCUCUCUACAUGAACAGUACCUGUGCAAGGUAAUGCAUUGUACAAUUACAGUGAUGGAGACUCUCAAACAGAUAUUGCAAUGCAUGCUGGGACAAGUUCAGACUCUGUGUUGGAGCAGCUUAGUGUGUUAGACUCUAAGGGUACUAUGGUCUCCUGACAGAAAGUUAAUUUUAAUGAGGUAGGAGUUAUAUCUGUAGGGGCAGCAGUCAUUUAUUUAUUUUAUACCAGCAAGGAUACAUUGAGAUUUCUCUUUUUUUAUAUACAAGGUUUGUCUUUCAUUUUAAUAUCCAAGAAAUUAAUUCACUACAUUAAAAUAUGGUAUAAAAUAUUGUAUUUCUAUAGAGCUUAUGUAAAUGGUAGUUAUCAUGCAUUAUUUAUAAAUCUCUCAUGAUCUAUUGUCCUUCUUGUUUCUACUGCCAGCUUCUGGACCAGUGUUUGGCCCCCGAUACAUCAGGAGAUGGUACAGGAUGUGAUAACAUGACCUGCAUCAUAGUUCGAUUUCGGCCAUCAUCAAUCGCUGCCCUGGAAACUAGCAAGAGGAAACUGGAUGAGGGGGAGAUGUCUGCAAAGUCCAACUGCAGCGACAGCAAUAAGAAAGCAAAGCGAGAUUAGCAGGCAGGGCCCUGCACUUAUCAGACUUUAACCUCCAGUACUCCAGACUUAGCGUUUGGCUCUGGCCGUGUCUGUGGGGACACAUGGACAAGCUCUGGCUCCUCGAAGCAGCUUUUGGUUUUCUCUUGCAGGGUUGGAACGUACGCUUUGAGGGGACAUGGGUCAUUAUUAGUCUGUAUCAUUUUGUAAUCAUUCCACAAGUGGGGCCUUCAUGAAUGUACUGACCGAAUGGAUUUUAAUAUAUAGAUAUUUUUUUUUUUUAUAUAUGAGAAGUGAUGUAGCCUGGGCCAUUCCUAUACUCUCCUUUCAUUUGCCAAUGAAAUAUCGCCAGAGUGUAAAAUAGCGCUUAGACCUCCUAAAUUUGAUCACAAUCUGCACUAUUUGAUUUUGGUACUACUAAUGGGCAUGUCGAUAUAUAUUUUGUCCCGCGCCCUAAUCACUGCCAGUGACAUUUAUUGUUAUCUGAGGUGGCUGGUAAAGUAACUGCUUUCUGGUUUUCCAUUAGUCAUACAUUUCUGGGAGAGAAGAUGGCGCUAACGGAAAAAGGUGUGAAAACAGACUGGCAAAGGGUGCCAUCAAUUAUAGAAGGUUAGCAAGCAGCUUACCACUUCCUGAUGAAAGUGCUAAUAGGCAGAGGGUGAAUGCCGGCAGUACAGACUUGGCUUCCGGUGUUAUGGUGGCUGUAGAAAAGGACACCUGGUUGGCUUCACUAAGUGAGGAAAAUAAUGGUGUAGUGUCAUCACCUGGCUUAUCCAUGAAGAGGUUUCUGUCACUAAAGCGGCUCUCAUGUCCUGAUAAUGCUGCAGGGUACCCGUCGCCUGUAUUAGUUAGACCACCACGGAGGUCCACGAAAUAACUAGUGUAGCCUGAUAGACCUGUUUCAUCAAAUAUUGGAUUGAAAUGUUUUCUGAAGUUUUUUCUUUUCCUUCUUCCUGUGGUUAUUUAAAUAUUUUAUGGUUAUUUACGUGUCCUGAAGCCAUGAAUCAAUGUCCUUUUCAGAAGUUGUAUUUUUUUUUUGUUUUUUCUGACUAAAAUACCAGGGAAAGCCGCUCUGAUUUAGUUUUGUUUGCUUUUUCUUGAUGUUCUGCUGUUGAGGGUUGGGUUGUUGGUUGGCUUAGAAUAGUUUACAGAAAUGCCUUUUUCAGUGAAGGAAUGGAGGGGUCAGCUGUCUUACCCAGUCUCUAACCUGUCGAUUAUCGUGGUAUUCUCCACCUCGUUUUCCAAGUAACUAUUCUAUGGCUGCAAUAAAGCCAAUGUAGACACUGUUUAUCAUUUGACCACAUGCAAGAAUUGGGAAAUUGUGGAGUGCAGAGAAUUCUUGGUAAGGGUUCUAGGAAUGGUUUUUCAUUAAAAUAAAAGAUUAAUUUAAUUCUGAAUAGAAUGGGGGUUAAAGCACUUGGUUUCAUUAGAUUAAGAGAUUAGAUGAUUUCUGGGUACGCUUGUGCAAGGGGGGGGGGGGGGGGAAUGCUAGCACUGUUUUAUGAGAGGAAGAAAUUAAAUUUAGUUCUAGCACUGGGUUUUCUAGGAAUAAGAUUAAAUGAUUUCCGAGGAGGCAUUUUGCACUGGAUGGGAGAUGAAAUGAUGAAUUCUGCCUGGGUUGGCUGGGGUUCUAAUGCUGCAUUUCAUGAGUAUGAGAUUCUUUUUGGUUUUAGAAGUAUUCAGUCACAAGAUACUUCCUUCAGAUGACAUUCAAGGAGUCUCGCUACUAACAUCCUCAUGGUCAUUUUCUAUAAAAGAGAAAUAAAGAUUAAUUUUAUACACAAUUUAAACUACGAAAAUGAAGAAAAAAUCUUCCCCAUUGCAAUAUUUUCGAACCUCACCACAGCCCUCGCAGCAAAUUUCAAUAUAAACCAAACACAUUCAAACUAUUUUCAGUUUUAUGAAAUCAAACAGAAUCAUACAUUUCCAUUACCAGAGAAAAGCAAACCUCCCACCACCCAUCUAUUUUCUGUGCACACCACGUCUUCUACCAUCCAUAAUCCUUCUGCAUUUAUAGCUCCCUUUCUUCUUACAGCCCUAAAAAAUUACAAAUAUAGUUUUUCCCUUCAGAUUAGAGGCAGUGCUUUACAACAGGGAUUUCUAAGCUGGAGGGGAAAAAACAGGCAGGCAAUCCCCAACAUUUUCAUGAACCUCCCCCCAAUUAACCUUUGG